AGACCCGCCCUGGGGGGCUGGGCCCGUCCCAUCCUGCCCCGCGGCGCUUUCGGUUCUGCUUGGCUGGGCAGGGCUGCUGCCCGCGGCGUGGGCCGUGAGAAUUCUUCCUUCAACCAUGGGUGAAAAACUUUCACAGUUCUGGAAAGCGUCUGCUCAAAAGGAGAGUGAGGGCAAACUGAUCUUACCCAGGCAAAAGGAUGCAGAAGAUGAAAUCGCCAGUUAUGCUAGCAUCAACAGAGGAGACCCUGCUAUGUCCUGUGUGCCCUGCGUGGGCAUUGCAAGUCGAAGCUGUGUCAACUGUCCAACGUGUCAGGGAACGGGAAGGAUCCCCAGGGAGCAAGAGAAGCAGCUGGUGGCUCUGAUUCCCUAUGGUGACCAAAGGCUGAAGCCUAGACGAACGAAACUAUAUGUAUGUCUUGCUGUGACGAUCUGCCUGCUGAUGACCUCUCUCAGUAUCUUCUUCCUGUUUCCUCGCUCCAUUACUGUGCUGCCUGCAGGGCUGAACGCCUCCUCCAUUGGCUUUAAUGCCACCACCACCAGUAUAUGUCUCAACAUGACGAAUGUGCUGAACAUAACUAAUAACAACUUCUACCCAGUCACUGUUGUGCAGCUGGACAUAGAAGUUUUACACCAGUCCCUGGUAAUAGGGAAGACCACCAUGAAAACCCUGCUGAAUAUCAGCCCUUUACAGAGUGGCCAGAUCUUUUAUAUGGUUGCCAGUAGGAUAUUGGACAGCAAUACCUAUAACAUCUGCACCUGGACAAAAAUCAAAGUCCACAAUGUUCUGCUGCAUAUACAGGGCACCCUGACCUGCACGUACCUGUGCCACUCAGAGCAGCUGGCUUUUGAAAACUACCAGUAUGUGGACUGCCGUGGGAAUGCCACGCUACCUCACCCAUUGCACCACCGUGACAGGCCGUGACAGGGCCAGGCUGGCAGAGCUUUUGGAUGCUGCGUGCUCCAUCACAAAGGCAAGUCAUAGGGAGACAAAAUUCUGGGGCUUCUUGUCGAUUCAUGACUUAAACAGGAGACUUUGUGCUUUCCUGGGUUGAGACUCCAUCUCCUGUGCAAAGAUGGUAACAUGCUCCGCCUUAUGAGUGUGGAGUAUACCACCCUCAGAUUUGCAGCUUCCUUUCUUCGAUGCCUUAUCAUGACUGACCCUUCAGUAGAGCGACUAGCGCAUGGGGAGCCUGUGCUGACUAUCAGUGGGCUGCACUCAUGAUUUCUGCAGUGUUUUACUGCUACAUUGGAACCAGUGCCCUGUUAAUCAAACUAACUCUAGUUGUUUCUUUCUUGCAUAAUUUUGUACUUCUAUCCUGAAUGUAAGUAUCUCAUAACUCACAAAAGAAGGACUGUGAUGAGACUUUUUGGCUGGAUUGCAUCUCCAUCACCACUGUCCAGUGCUAUUUGCACAGCCCGCUCUGUGAGAGCAUGAAACAGGACUGAUGUCUCUGUAUCUCUGGCUCUUAAAUAACCAACUGCAUGUCAUGCCAAAACACCUGUGAGUGUGACUUUUGGGUGGCCAUUGUGUUGAGCUGUCCAGUGUAGGAAGCAAGAAUGCACUGUCUUGAUUUUUAUAUACAUAUUUUUAAAAGCAGCUCAUCUACUGGCUGUUCUUUAAGAGGAUCCCUUUCAGCCAGGAGAAAAUGCACUUUGUAGCAUGGAGCGGAAAGAUUGCUGCUUUUCAGCUGGUCAUGAGAGGAAGGCUCUUGGUGUUUGUUGGCCCCCACAUGCUGUUUGCUAUGCUGCUUCCUUGCAUGCUCUGGCAUUUAAUGCUUUCAACUUGAACAAGCAUGAGAGAGUUCAUCUCUGACAAUAAAAGCUCAGUCUGCACAAGCGUCAGAAAACAGCUGAGAUUUUUUUGUCCAAAGCUGUAAAACAACCCAAUGAACUUUGUCAGGGCUAUUCCUCCCAUAGCCUUCUCUCCUCCCAGUGCUGGGCCUGUGGCAGUUGUAUCCCCUGCAUGAUGAUGGGUUAAAACCCAUGCCGGGGGUUCCAGUUUAGCUAGUGCCUGAUGCAUUCUAGGUGGUGAAGUAGGAGCCUGGGAGUUACUGGACUAAAAAUUCUUACUCAGGAGCAGUUCAGCAUUUUCCUGUACCGUUCCCACUGAAGGAGAGAAUCAGUAUGUUACAAUAGUUGGAAGGAAACCUCUGACUCUCAUUUCAAAAUGUGCUUCCCAGUCCAGCACUUAUAGAGCUGUAGCAGGGUCUUUCUCCUCACCAUAUCAUCUGUUGAUCACACUGACAUGGUAACUAGUCAACUAACUCCCUCCAGCAGGGAUGAGGAAGCUCCAUGUGCCAUUCUGGAAUGCCCCCUGCUCUUGUCACAUCUCUGCAGUAGGUUUUGUAUUUGCCAUAUUGUUAGUUCUACCACAUUCUCUACCUCUGGUGUUGAAUUUCCAGUUGUGCUUCUGCAGCACUGCUGUUGUGCACUUGUACCAUCUCCUGUUCACAAAUAAAAGACAUACACAACCAGAAA